CAGGGGUCAGGGUUGGGGGAGGAAUUGGGUCAAAAAAGGGUGAAGGAUGAGGGGUUAGGGGUCCAAGAUGGGCAAAGGUUCAGGGUUAGGUCAGGGGUUAUGGGUCAGGGGGGUGCCAUUUGGGGUGGCUGGACAGUACCCUACCCACAAUUACUCACCUGGGCAACUCUAACAGUCCCCCCCAACCUGACAGACCACGGGAUAUGCCACCACUUGCAGGUUCCUCUCCCAGUGCCACAUUACUCCCAGGUCCCACACCUCGAACACCCCCGCCCUCCCGGACCCACAUCACCCCCAGGUCCCACACCUCGAACACCCCCACCCUCCCGGACCCACAUCACCCCCAGGUCCCACACCUCGAACACCCCCACCCUCCUGGACCCACGUCACCCACAGGUCCCACACCUCGAACACCCCCGCCCUCUCAGACCCACGUCACUCCCAGGUCCCACACCUCGAACACCCCCACCCUCCCGGACCCACAUCACCCCCAGGUCCCACACCUCGAACACCCCCACCCUCCCGGACCCACGUCACCCCCAGGUCCCACACCUCGAACACCCCCGCCCUCCCGGACCCACGUCACCCCCAGGUCCCACACCUCGAAUACCCCCACCCUCCUGGACCCACGUCACCCACAGGUCCCACACCUCGAACACCCCCGCCCUCUCGGACCCACGUCACUCCCAGGUCCCACACCUCGAACACCCCCACCCUCCUGGACCCACGUCACUCCCAGGUCCCACACCUCGAACACCCCCACCCUCCCGGACCUACGUCACCCCCAGGUCCCACACCUCGAACACCCCCACCCUUCCGGACCCACAUCACCCCCAGGUCCCACACCUCGAACACCCCCACCCUCCCGGACCCACGUCACUCCCAGGUCCCACACCUCGAACACCCCCACCCUCCCGGACCUACGUCACCCCCAGGUCCCACACCUCGAACACCCCCACCCUUCCGGACCCACAUCACCCCCAGGUCCCACACCUCGAACACCCCCACCCUUCCGGACCCACAUCACCCCCAGGUCCCACACCUCGAACACCCCCGCCCUCUCGGACCCACGUCACCCCCAGGUCCCACACCUCGAACACCCCCGCCCUCCCGGACCCACGUCACCCCCAGGUCCCACACCUCGAACACCCCCGCCCUCCCGGGCCCACGUCAAUCCCUGGUCCCACACCUCGAACACCCCCGCCCUCCCGGACCCAUGUCACCCCCAGGUCCCACACCUCGAACACCCCCGCCCUCUCGGACCCACGUCACUCCCAGGUCCCACACCUCGAAUACCCCCGCCCUCCCGGACCCACGUCACUCCCAGGUCCCACACCUCGAACACCCCCGCCCUCCCGGACCCACGUCACUCCCAACUGGAAGAAUCUCACCAUUCCUUCUCCAUCGCUGGCUCUAUCAGAAUCAGGUUGAAAUGUGUUGUUUUGUGCUAGCAGUACAGUGAAAAGGCUCGAGUAUAGAUAUAAUUGACAGUAAUGUAGGUAAACUGUGCAGAAGAGAAAGGAUGGAGGAGCGGAGUAAUGUGUUCUGUGCAGAACUGUGUGGGAGCACCUUCAUCAGAAGAACUGCAGCCUUUCCAGGAAGGUCUGAGCAUCUCCUCCUACCCCACCUCUCUGAGGACACAGAGCAGUAGGUGUGUAUUUGUCCCCUUUGUCCCUGGAGGGUCUUCCCCUGUGCCAGUCCAGAACAGCCGGCUGGUCACUGUACCCCCUCUUGCUCUGAACUCCCUGGCUGAGAUGGGGCUUGGUCCUCUGCACGGCCCUGGGGCCCGAGUGGAGGAGGAAGGUGGGUGGUGUAGUGGUGAGCACAACGCUUCAUAGCGUCAGCAAGAUGGGUUCAUGUCCCACUGCUGUCUGUAAGGAGUACUGUUUUCCCUGUGGCCCCCUCUGGGCACUCAGCUGUCUUCCCGCGUUGCCAAGGUGUUUGGGUUCUGGUUCGUCAGCUGUAGGCGUGCUAGCUUGGUGAGACACUUCCGAGCACCCUUGAAUUGUGUUGGUUGAUGACGCAAACGAUGUUGUUCUAAGGUUCAUUCAUUAUCAAAGUGUACAACUCUGAAACUCUUCAAUUCUUCUGUACGUUUCGAUGCUCAUGUGACAA